AAUUAUGGUCAGUUCGAUGUUUCAGACAAUGAUGUACGAUGAGAACAGUAAUACAUCAUCGAUAACAUCGUCAUCAUCGAUGUUAACAACGCCAACGGCGGCAGCGACAACAACGACAAAUGGUCUCAUGUCACAGUUAUUGAAUGUAAAAGAUUCAAGAUGGUUGCAACUUGAAGUUUGUCGCGAAUUCCAACGAGGGCAGUGUUCACGAACCGAUUUAGAAUGCAAAUUUGCGCAUCCGCCACCACAUGUCGAUGUUCAAAAUGGUCGUGUAACUGCAUGCUACGAUUCUAUCAAGGGUAGAUGUACGCGGGAAAAUCCGAAAUGCAAAUAUCUGCAUCCGCCGCAACAUUUAAAGGAUCAGUUAUUAAUAAACGGUCGAAAUAACUUAGCUUUAAAGAAUCUGAUAUGCACUCAGUUGAAUCAAACUGCUGCAACACCAGCCAUAUCGACGAUAAAUCCUCUAGCACAACUGGUUGUAAGUGGUCAGGCAAGUCCAGCCGCGCUCAACGAUCCUUUACUAAUUGUGCAACAACAACAGCAACAGGCUGCUGCUGCUGCUCAAGCCGCUACUCUUGUGCCAGCAACUGCUCUUCCUUAUCAAUAUUAUCAGGGUAUUACAACUAUGUAUCCGGCAGUCGUGCCUGUGGCUAGUUCCGAUGCUUAUCAAGCGCAAGUUCAAGCCCAAUUGGUGGCACUUCAAACUCUUGCGGCUAUGCAACCUACUGUGUCGCUUGCACCGUCACCUGCUGCUGUUGCCGCUGCUGCUGCGGCUUUAUCCGCAUCAACAGCAUUACCGAACAAUCGUAAACGGGCAUUGGAUGAUGAACAGAUUGGUGCCACAUCGUCCCAGUAUCUCGACCAGAAUUCCUUACUGCUAGCUGCUGCUGCUGCCGCGGCGGGUGCUACUGUACCAUGCAAACGAUUAGCAGCUGAAAAAGGUGGUGUGCCAGUCUAUGCGAAUGGUGCGGCAACCCCUCAUAUGGCACAAGUACCGCAACCAACUUUUAAUCCGUACCUUAUUCCGGGGAUCCACGGCUACAUGCCUACUGUAUCAUGUAAGUCGCGCAUGCUGCUCGCUUCUUCGCUAAUUCCGCUUAUUUUCAGUUAG